GAGAACCUUUUUGGCAAAACAUCAGGACAUGAAUGGCGGGCGAGUCGACGAUUGCGGACAUAUUUACUUGCUCCGCAAAUAUUCGACAUCCACCCCUAGGGGAUAUUCUCGUCUGUUGAAAAUUACAGGAUUUUUUUUCUAAGCAAUGGAUCGUCGAGUAUCUUUUCAUCAUAAAUCUCUCACUAGCAAAAUCCUGGAUGGACAUUCAGACAAAGAAUCCGGGCCACGUGGAGAAACUAAUAGACAACCUCUGCAAAGGCAGUUCUCUGCUCAGUCGAGGUCAUCCAUGAGGAGAGCAUCCAUGGUUACGAAUCGCAAGGGCAGUGCUUCCAUUAGAAAACUGUCCAUCCAUACUAUAGCAUCUAGAGGCAACUGGGGUUCCAAGUGGGAAUUCCUGCUCUCGUGCGUUGGACUUUCGGUGGGAAUCGGCAAUGUGUGGAGGUUUCCAUACUUAGCUUACGAGCAUGGAGGUGGAGCAUUCCUUAUACCAUACCUGUUGAUGCUAUUGCUGGCUGGGAAGCCUCUUUACUUCAUGGAGCUAGCUUUCGGACAGUUUGCCGGCCUAGGACCUCUAGCUAUUUGGAGCUGCCUUCCCAUUGCAAAAGGUAUAGGAUAUGCAAUGGUCACCAUAUCUCUCGUUAUCUGCGUGUACUACAACGUCAUCGUCUGCUACACAGUCUUCUAUAUGGCAUCUACAUUUCAAGCAACUGUUCCUUGGGCUGUUUGUCCGGUUUACCCGAAAAAUGUCACAAGAUGUCACGUGCGAAAUCAAGAGGAGAAUGCAACUCAAAGCGGCUCCAAGCUCUCCAGUGAAAUCUAUUGGGAGUAAGCCUUUUCCUAUUCAUCUGUUUUAUGCAAUGCAGGUAACCCCCCGCUUUGCAUUCCCCC